CAAUUUGGCUCUUAGAGGAAGAAGCGAUGCUUUUGGCAUUCGAAGUGUGUAUGUCUUCAUAAGACAACAUAUAUCUAGUCUAAAGUUUACCUACAUAUAUCUUAAUCAUUCACGUAAAGGGAAAAUUAGUAAUGCUCCGCGAACAGACGGAAUUUUUGUUUUGUUUUUGCGGGCUGGUUGGUGACGGGGUCGACGUCUUCAGCUGUGUAGGUUGUGGGAGAGCGCUUUAAGCUUUUUAGUGUCCCGUUCCCGGUGUUUUUUAAACUCCCCCGCAAAACACGCUCCGAUUCUCCCUGUAGUCGCUGCCAUUUUCCAGUUAUCAAACAGAGCCAGGCUAACAUCCCUCCUAGCGAGCAGGGAUGAUUAGAACUCUCAAGAACCUUCUCGCGUACCCCGUUGGCCAAAGCGACCUCAUUUUGGGAAGAGCCAGAACUUUGCUAAACCCCGUAACUUCAUUUGCAACGAGCAAGGACAACAUGUCGAAAAUGGAGCCAGCCAGGCGAGUGCAAGGAAUGCAAGACAGCGUCUGGGUGGAGUUCAUCCAGCUGGCCUUGGAGAACAAGCCAGUGAACCUGGGCCAGGGGUUUCCGGACUUCCCGCCUCCAAAUGUUGUGGUCAAGGCCCUUCAGGACGCCCUGGCUGGUCCCAACCACGGCCUGCACCAGUACACCAGGGGAUUUGGCCACCCCCGCUUAGUGAAUGCCCUGGCCAAGAUGUACUCGCGCCUGACCGGGCGGGAGAUCAACGCUCAGAAGGAGGUGCUCGUUACCGUGGGUGCCUACGAGGCACUCUACACCACCAUCUUGGGCCUGGUGAACCCUGAAGAUGAGGUCAUCAUCGUGGAGCCAUUUUUCGACUGCUACGAACCGAUGACUCAGAUGGCAGGCGGAGUGCCCGUCUACAUUCCACUGCGUCCGAAGAAAACUGGGGAGAGCAUCUCGAGUGCCGACUGGGUCCUGGAUCCGAAAGAGUUGGAGUCAAAGUUCAGUGCCAAGACCAAGAUGAUCAUCAUUAACACGCCACACAAUCCAAUUGGAAAGGUCUUCAGCAGGGAAGAGCUGGAAACGAUAGCCAACCUGUGCAAGAAGCACGACGUCAUCUGCGUUAGCGACGAGGUCUACGAGUGGAUUGUCUACGAUGGUGCCAAGCACGUCCGAAUGUGUACACUUCCUGGCAUGUGGGAUCGGACCAUCACAAUUGGCAGUGCUGGAAAGACCUUCAGUGUCACAGGAUGGAAAAUUGGUUGGGCCUACGGACCCCAGAACCUGCUGAAGGGGCUGCAGCUUGUUCACCAGAACUGCAUCUACACACUAAGCACCCUUCUACAGGAGGCAGUGGCAGUGGGCCUCGAGCAAGAAAUGGAGCGGAUCGAUGACCCUGAGGGUUACUGGAACGACCUGUCACGUUCGCUCAAGGUCAAGCGGGACCAGAUCAUCGCCUGCCUCAACAGCGUGGGCAUGGCUGCCACCGUGCCGCAGGGCGGCUACUUCCUCGUCUGUGACUUCUCCAAGAUAGGAUCCAAAGUGAACCUUGAAGGGGAAGGGACAAAGGACUACUGCUUUGCAAGAUGGCUGUCCAAGAACAAGAAACUGCAGGGCAUUCCCCCCAGUGCCUUCUAUGGUCCCGACCACAAGCCUCUGGCUCAAGAUUUAAUCCGGUUCUGCUUUUUCAAGGAAGACUCAACACUUGAAAAGGCUGGCAACAUUCUCAAGGAGAUGAAGUCAGCAUUGUAACAAGCAUUUGUGUAUAUGCUGCGACUUUUAGUUAGUGCAAUUAAAGAAGUUUGUUGGUUUGGGCAGUCUUUAGCA